AUGUCCGCCGCCGCCUUUUCGGGCUUCCCCCCGUUCAUCUCGCGCGUCGUCCGGCCGCUGACCGCGCGCCUCGGCAUAACCGCCGACACGGGCGCCGGCGUCUCCGCUCCUGCCAUCCCCGAGGGCGCCGAGAAGGCCACCCUCGCCGCCGGCUGCUUCUGGGGCGUCGAGCACCUGUACCGCAAGCACUUUGGCUCCAAGGGCCUGUACGACGCCCGCGUCGGCUUCACCGGCGGCGACGUCGACCACCCGAGCUACCGCCACGUGUGCACGGGGAAGACGGGCCACGCCGAGUCCGUCCAGCUCGUCUACGACCCGGCGCGCCUGACGUACCGGCAGCUGCUCGAGUUCUUCUACCGGAUCCACGACCCGACGACGCGCGACCGCCAGGGCCCGGACGUCGGCCCGCAGUACCGCAGCGCCGUCUUCUUCCACUCGCCCGAGCAGGAGCGCGUCGCCCGCGAGGUCACCGCCGCCGCCGCCCAGCAGUGGUACGGCGCCAGCGGCGGCGGCGGCGGCUCGGACUCCGCCAUCGCCACCCAGAUCCUCCCCGCCGGCACCUGGUGGGACGCCGAGGACUACCACCAGCAGUACCUCCACCACAACCCCACCGGCUACGAGUGCCCCACGCACUACCUCCGGACGUUCCCGCCGCUGCAGUGA